GACAAUCCAGAAGAUGGUAGGACUGCUGAGACGCUGCAUGGAGGCCCCCAUGACUGGCGGGUUGCCUCGGAGACCACACAUGCUCCACGUCAAUGACAAGAAGCUUCACAGGUUGCUGAGUAGGUGUGAGAAGGCCCUCACCAUUCUGAAGGUGGUCCUGUGGCCCCAGGCCCUGGGUGACUGGGGCCUCACAGAGGUGGAGCAGGUGGACGGAGGAGAGUCCUUCAGCAUGCGCUGGCCUCCGACCUGCUACUGUCACGUGUGUAAGAAACACUCCUUCCCCAGUCAGCUGAAACCAUGGUAAGGCGAGGAGAGAGAGAGACAGAGAGAGAGGCAGAGAGACAGAGAGAGACAUACAGACAGAGAGAGAGAGA